AGGAGGAGGCGGGAGCCUUGAAUGCCGGCAUCCAGAAGACAGGGAGCUGGCCGGGACCAUCAGGCCGAGCUCGACAGACUCUGACCCCUCCCGGACCCUGGGCCGGUCCAAAGGCCGCGACCACCCAGACCAGGUGGUGCUGUGGAGAGGAGGCUGGAGCACCCCUGGAGAGGCACCAUGCAGCGAUCCAUAAAGUCGUUUUUUCAGCCCAUGAGUGGGAACAAGGUGAAGCAGCAGGAGGAGAGCCCCAAAAGCAGCCAAGAGAGAGAGCCUGCCCCCAAGGCCGCCCUGAAGGAGAGGAAUGCUGCAGAGCCCGACGGCGAGUCUCCAGUGAAGAGGCCUGCGAGGAAGGUGGCCCGAGCCCUGGGGAGCGAGGGCGAGGAGGAGGACGAGGAGGUGGCCCCCCGACAGCAGGAGCCCAGCCUCCCGUCCCCAGCGGCCUCUCCAGCAUGCUCCAGCUCUUCCCUCUCAGAAUCACCACCCAAGAACAUCUCCCCGGCCGGGAUCCCAAAGCGUAGGACAGCUCGGAAACAGAUACAGAAACGGAAGCUACAGGAGCUGCCCAAGGACCAUGAGCCCAGUGAGCCCAAGAGGCUUAAGAGAGAGGAAGGUGAGAGCGCAGGAGGAAGAAGCCCAGAGCAGCCUGGAACGGUCCCAGAGACACAGCCAGCUCCAGAGGAGGCCACAGGGGAGGCCCCCAAGGGCCCCAGCCCAGCCCCCAAGGCCUUCAGCAGCUUCUUCACCCCCCGAAAGCCAGCAGCAGCCAAGCAGACCCCAAAGAAGGCUGAGACAGAGAAGACAGCAGAGGAGACGUCCGGGUCGCCCCUAGACCCGGCUGCCUACAACCCCUCUAAGAGCGGCUAUCACCCCGUCGAUGACGCCUGCUGGAAGGCAGGACAAAGGGUCCCCUACCUCGUCGUUGCUCGGACGUUUGAGAAAAUCGAGGAAGUCUCCGCUCGGCUCCGCAUGGUAGAAAUCCUAAGUAACCUGCUCCGCUCGGUGACCGCCCUGUCCCCCACAGACCUCCUCCCAGUCCUCUACUUGAGUCUGAACCGGCUGGGGCCCCCCCAGCAGGGCCUCGAGCUCGGCGUGGGGGACGGCGUCCUCUUGAAGGCCGUGGCCCAGGCCACGGGGCGGCAGCUGGAAGCCAUCCGGGCCGAGAUGGCAGAAAGGGGGGACGUGGGGCUGGUGGUAGAGGCCAGCCGCAGCACCCAGCGCACCAUGCUGCCUCUGCCUGCCCUGACGGCAGCCGGGGUCCUGAGCAAGCUCCGAGACAUCGCCCGCCUCACGGGCAGCGCUUCCACAUCCAAGAAGAUUGACAUCAUCAAAACCUUGUUUGUGGCCUGUCGCCACUCAGAAGCCCGUUUCAUUGCCAGGGCCCUGAGUGGGCGGCUGCGCCUGGGCCUGGCAGAGCAGUCAGUCCUGGCUGCACUGGCUCAGGCCGUGACCCUCACACCCCCCGGCCAAGAGGUCCCCCCGGCCGUGGUGGAUGCCGGGAGAGGCAAGCCAGCGGACGCCAGAAAGGCUUGGCUGGAGGAGAAAGGACUGGUCCUGAAGCAGACCUUCUGCGAGGUGCCUGACCUGGACCUCAUCAUCCCGGCCCUGCUUGAGCACGGGCUGGACAAGCUGCCCCAGCACUGCCAGCUGACCCCAGGGGUGCCCUUGAAGCCCAUGCUGGCCCACCCCACCCGGAACAUUGGGGAGGUGCUGAAGCGUUUUGAGGAAUCUGCCUUCACCUGUGAAUAUAAGUAUGACGGGCAGAGGGCCCAGAUCCACGUCCUGGCAAAUGGGGACGUGAAGAUAUUUAGCCGGAACCAAGAGGACAACACAGGCCGAUACCCAGACAUCAUCAGCCGCAUCCCAAAGAUGAAGCAUCCCUCGGUCGUCUCUUGCAUCCUGGACUCAGAGGCUGUGGCCUGGGACCGGGAAAAGAAGCAAAUUCAGCCCUUCCAGGUGCUCAGCACCCGCAAGCGCAAGGAGGUGGAAGAAUCAAAGAUCCAAGUCCAAGUGUGCCUGUACGCCUUCGACCUGCUCUACAUCAAUGGGCAGUCCCUGGUCCGGGAGCCGCUGUCCCGAAGGCGGCAGCUGCUCAGGGAAAACUUUAUCGAAACCGAGGGCGAGUUUGUGUUUGCCACAUCUCUGGACACAGAGGACACUGAGCAGAUCGCCGAUUUCCUGGAGCAGUCGGUGAAAGAUUCUUGUGAGGGCCUGAUGGUGAAGACCCUAGACACCAAUGCCACAUAUGAGAUUGCCAAGAGAUCCCACAACUGGCUUAAGCUGAAGAAGGACUACCUGGAAGGCGUUGGGGACACUCUGGACCUGGUGGUGAUUGGGGCCUAUUUGGGCCGGGGGAAGCGGGCCGGACGAUAUGGGGGCUUUCUCUUGGCCGCCUUUGAUGAGGACAGCGAAGAGUUCCAGGCCAUUUGCAAGCUGGGCACGGGCUUCAGUGAUGAAGAGUUAGAGGAACAUUAUCAGAGCCUCCAGGCACUCGUGAUUCCUGCUCCUCGUUCCUAUGUCCGGGCAGAAGGGGCUGCACCUCCUGACCACUGGCUAGAACCCAGCACUGUGUGGGAGGUGAAAUGCGCUGAUCUCUCUGUCUCCCCCAUCUAUUCAGCAGCCCGAGGGUUGGUGGAGAGCGACAAGGGCAUCUCCCUUCGUUUCCCCCGAUUUGUCCAAGUUCGAAGAGACAAGAAACCAGAAGAGGCAACAUCCAGUGCCCAGGUGGCCUAUUUGUAUAAGAAGCAGCAACAGAUUCAGAACCAGCUGGACUCCGAGGACUCUGACUUUGAACCUGAAGAUUUCUACUAGUUCCCCCAGCCCUACCUGGGGAACAGAGCUCGGGUUACUGAUUACUCAAUAAACGUGGAUGAUGGGA